GACGCGAAUAGGUGCAACGACAGUUAAGAGUAUCGUCCGAACUCCAGAUUACUCCGGCGGAAGAGUUCAGAACCAUGGACAGCGUCAAAAUUAGAGUCGUUAUGUACCUGGGCGUCUGCCUGUCCGUAUUCGCUAUCAUUUGUCAGGGGCAAAUGGCACCGGAGAACGGUCUCUCUUCACAAGAGGAGCAGAACCAAAUGGCACAUGUCACCAGGGACCUGGCAGAGGCGCUCGAGGGAUUGCUGGAAGGCGCACAGGACAACCGGAUAUCACUUGAGAAAAAAGCCAGUGUCAUUCCCCGGUGUGACGUGGGCGAGCGGUGCGCGAUGAAGCACGGACCACGCAUCGGCCGACUCUGCGACUGCCUCAGAGGAACUGCCUGCAACUCGUUCUUCCUGCGCUGCUACUAAGCUCAGAGCGCGCAGCCGCCGCCGCCGCCGCCGCCGCCUCUCGGGCGUAUUAGAUGGAACCAUUCCAAGGGACCAAGACGCGCGAUAUGUUCUGAUACUAUUAGCCAUUAUUAGUCUGUGUCUCAGUCUGCAUGUCUGACCUUGUCUCUCAACCGUCUCGUCUCGACAAAACGAA